UGGGUCCUGAAGUUAGUCCCAGCAGAGGGCGCUCUCUCCUCCAGCUUGGAUUAGCAUUAGGCAGCAAUUUCACGCUCGGAGAAAGGAGGCGUCUGUAGAGAACUUCUCGGGCUAGGCGCCAACAAACGCGCUUAGGAAUUACAUCACGGGCUCGCGUUUUUGUGUGUGUGUGUAGUAGCGGCGCAAAUAAAUGCAGCCGCCGCGACCAGGUACUGGGGCAAUAAGUGGGGGAAGGCAAGGGGAGGGGAAAGAGCUUGGAGGCGGAGGAAGGAAAGUGAAAGGAGCCAGUGAGAGCGCGCCGAGGCGCACAUGGAGAGGCUAGGUGCCUUGCAAGGUUGCAGAGCUCUCCUGCCGCUGGCACGGAACUCCAGCUCGGCGAGCUUGGUCUGAAAGCUGCCUGCCACCCACCCACAGCAGAGCCAGGCGGAAGGGCAGAAGAAGGAGCAGCAGCAGCAGCAGCGAGCGAGGAAGUUGCCCAACCUCGUGGAUUGCAGCGGUGCGCUUGCUUGCUUUGCAGGCUGCAAGAAGGCGAAAGACGCGCGCGCGCGCUGCAGAGCAUCCUCUCCCAGCCGCGCUUCGGCAGCGGCACGUUUGCAGCGGAGCGCAGAGAGACAGAGAGACGCUCGGCGCCUUGGCCUCGCUUUGGUGGACGGCUCGGCGUGGUCCGGCCAGAGGUUUGCAACAGGAGCUGCUCCCGGCAGGACUUUGGCUUUCGUGGAGGGAUCGCCGCCGCCCCCUCCUCUCCACCUCUGUCCUCUGCUUCUUCUUCUUUUUUUAAAGGAGAGAGGUGCCGGAAAAGAGCGAGUCGGUGGUUUCCAUAGUGAUGGAGGAGCACGGGCAGGAAAUUUAAAGGCGCUGGAUCCUCGCGAAGCAGACAAGCUGGUGCCAACGUGCGUGGCGGCGGCUGCUGUUGCGGCGGCGGCUGCUUUUGCAAAGAGAAACGCGAGCCGGAGGGGAAGUUUGCAGAAGAAGCUUUUGCUGAGUGACACCGCGCAACCAACUCGGGAGCCAGAGGAACAAUUGCACCCAGCCGGACGAGGCGUCAGGUCUCCGGAACGCGACGGUUUGCUUUGGCUUGGUGGCGUGUGCUUUUCUUAUUUAUUUUAUUUUUUCCCCCUCUUUUUGCAUAUACUCACCCGAGGCGCUUGCACGCGCCGAAUUGCUCCGCGGGACUGAGCGUGGCGCAUCCCCUACUUCUUUCCCACGACGGCUUGCUCGGAUCCUCGCGCCGUCCUUUGCGCGCUUCUCCCGAUGCCUUUUUUGCUGGGCCUGGCCGCCCGGUGAGCCUCCCUCGUUCCCUUCCGUCCCCCCGUCGUCCCCCCCGUCGAGGAUGGAUCAUUCCCAGUGGCUCGUGACUAUUUACGCCUUGGUAGUUCUCCUGGGGCUCCGUCUGGAGCGAGGCGCUUGCCAGCACUACCUGCACAUCCGCCCUGCGCCCAGCGACAACUUGCCCCUGGUGGAUCUAAUCGAGCACCCGGACCCUAUCUUCGACCCCAAGGAGAAGGACCUCAACGACACGCUCCUGCGCAACCUCCUGGGCACCCACUUCGACGCCAACUUCAUGGCGGUCUCCCUGGCCGACGAUCGCCUGGGAGGGGACGACCUGGCCGAGCUGGACCUGCUGCUGAGGCAGAGGCCGUCGGGGGCCAUGCCCAGCGAGAUCAAGAGCCUGGAGUUUUACGACGGGGGCCUGCAAGCCAGCAAGAAGCACCGGCUGAGCAAGAAGCUUCGCCGGAAGCUGCAGCUGUGGCUGUGGUCGCAGACCUUCUGCCCGGUCCUCUACACGUGGAACGACCUGGGCAGCCGCUUCUGGCCCCGCUACGUCAAAGUGGGCAGCUGCUUCAGCAAAAGGUCGUGCUCCGUCCCCGAAGGGAUGGUCUGCAAGCCGGCCAAGUCGGUGCAUCUGACCAUCUUGAGGUGGAGGUGCCAGCGCCGGGGCGGGCAGCGCUGCACGUGGAUCCCCAUUCAGUACCCCAUCAUCGCCGAGUGCAAGUGUUCCUGCUAGUGGACGUGGGGGGGACCGGGAAGGGAGCUGCCUGCGCGGUGCACUUAAUUCCCAUCCUCACCCCUUAAAAAAACAAAAAAACUGCAAAGGUCGUGCCCACCACCCACCCCCUCUCAAAUCUCUUGUUCUGUUUCUCUACCCCCACAAAAAACAAAACUAAAACCGGACUGCGGUAGUGGACUUUGGAAAAGCUCCAAAACUACGGACAGCUCUUCGGCCUCCCGGUUCAAAACGUUGCACUGCACUGCAAAGUGUAGGGGAAUGUAACUUUGUUAUGUCUGCGAGCGUGUGUCUGUGUGUGAAAGAGAGAGAGUCGUGCAGAGGUGACAGAAAGUGUGCGCGUGUGGCUAUAUAAAUAGAGACACCCUCCCCGUUUGAAAUCUCCUGUUAAAAAAGGUCAGUGUUACAACGUGGAGUAAACACCCUCCUCUACUGUAUUGUUAAAGAGUCUCCUCAUUGAUCACCGCUUUAAGGUAUUUGGGCUCCCUCUCCCCUCCUUUUAAUUUAUAUUCCAGAGAAAAAUAUUAGGGGAAUUUAAGAACCUAAACAAACAAACAGGCCCCCAUCUGCCCCGCCCCCUAAAAAAAACAACUUCGCUUUUUUGCGAAGGUUUUUUUUUUAGAAGAAACGUGAACUUUUGGUAAGAAAAGAAACAUAUAUAUAUAUAUAAAUAUAUAUAAGAUAUUUUCCAUUCUUCGGAAAAUGUAUGUGUGCGUUGCGUGUGGAUUUUUUUAUGGACUUCAAGAUAUUAUUAUUAUUGUUAUUGUUAUUAUAAUAAAAAGCUUAGGACACGGUGUUACUGUAUAUAGUGAACUUUUUUUUUUGCUGUUGGAAUGUCUUUAACCCUCUGUAAAUGGAAGAGAGUCUGCUAUUUAUUCUUUAUAUUCGUUCCCUUGUAGUCAAAAAAGUUCAGUUCAGAAUUAAAAUCAACCACUAAAACACGGA